CCAAGAGCAAGUAUCUCCUCUAAAAACCCCCAAAACAAAGCACAACAAGCAGAAAACAAAAUGAGUCCCAGCAUCACGACAGAGGCCAGACAGCCUCUCCCUGCACGGUCCACUGUGGCCCAGAGAAAACAGGCCAACGAACUGAGAAAGACUCUGAAACCACUGCUGGAAAAGAGAAGACGUGCUCGUAUCAAUGACAGUCUCAGUCAUUUGAAGAGCCUGAUCCUGCCUCUGAUCGGCAAAGACAACGCCCGUUACUCCAAACUGGAGAAAGCUGAUAUUCUGGAAAUGACCGUCCGUUUCCUCAGAGAUCUUCCUUCCACCCCAGUCAAAGACUCAGCAGAAAGUUACAGAGAAGGUUACAAAGCCUGCCUCCAGCGCGUCUCCGCUCUGCUUCCUAAAACCAGCCUGGACCAGGACGCGUGCCAGCGCGUCAACGACUUCGUCCAACAGUCCAUGUCCGCCACUGUCACCCCCACCUGCCUGAACUGCUGCGCACAGAGCUCCAGGACCUUCCCCCAGAUCCAGCAGAGACUCCAGAGCAUCAAAUCCAGCUUCAGCUCCAGACUGGAGUUCCAGUCCCGCAGCGGCACCCCGGUGGCCCCUGUCAGGGCGCAGCCAGGCCCGCAGGCUGUGAACGCAGCCAUGUGGAGACCCUGGUAGAAUAGACGGACACUUUUCACAUGUGUGUUUUAAUGACCUAAUGUUAUUUAUACCUAUUGCAUGUUUGUAGCGGUAGAGAUGAAGCUAUCCUGUUGUAUGAUACAUUUUAUGAAACGUUUUUGCUCAUGUUAUUUAAUGCCAGAUGGCAAAGGAGCACAGAUCUCAAAGAAACUGUAAAGUCUAUGGACCUUUCAGAAAAUGCAAUCCUCUUUGGGGUUUCAAAGAUAUGGGUUGUAGACAACACUUUUGUAAAACCCCAAGGGUUAUAAUGUUUGAGGUUUGCACGAUGGACUUAAAAGUAUUUUGGUCUGUGCAAAAGAAUAGUCUGUAAACACUAUGUGUUAAAUAGAUGAUGCAUUAUUCGAUGAUAUGUAAGAAAAUCUUGUUUUGUGACGCUUACAGUUUGUUAUUGACAAAACAUUUUCAAUAAAUGUUCA